AUGCUCGCCAUUCGCGAUACGCUCCUGUUGCAAAACACAACAUCCGGAGAUAUCGUGAGCUCAUCGAAUCAAUUGAUCAAUACAUUGCAGUCGUUCAAAUCCAUUAUCGCGGAGCAACCGCUUGACGAAUCGGAACGGACAUUCGAAGAUGCUUUGCACUCUCUUGCUCAACAAGUCCGCGACAUAUGCGUACUUAGUGCAAAGUUUGAGGAUGCCAUACGCCGUGCGACGCCCGAUGAGCUGGACUCAUAUGUCGCAUCGAGUGAAUGCGAAUGCAACUACCCCAAGCCCUCCAAGAAGGUCAUGAACGAUCCGGCAUACAUCCGAUCGCUAUCUGCUUCUCCUGAACCGGAUAGCGUCGACGAAUAUCAGCAAGAGGACCGAACGGAGCCCUUGAAGAGCUGGUUUGUGCAGCACGUGACGGACCCAUAUCCCACGAGCAAGGAGAAGGAGGAGCUUUGUCUACAAACGGGAAUGAAGCGCACGCAACUCAAUAUGUGGUUCACGAAUGCGCGCAGGAGAUCAGAAUGCGGAGCGAAGUUCUUGGACGAUAUCAUCGAACCGCGCUUGAAAGAACUUGAUGCGUUGGACUGGGUACCGGAGGCUGAUGUGGACUAG